UGUCACAUUACAGAGUGAGUAUUUUCAAUCUGGAUAAACAUCUAAAAUGAUGAACAAACUAGAUGACGAGGCUGAGGGCGGAUCGUAUCGAGAGGCAUGUCGGACGAUAGCUUUAUGUUGUUGAAUGACACUCGGAUCCGUCUAAUGCUUACAACACUAGGCUACCAUCCUGAAACGUAUUCUGUGGAAGAGCAAUUAAAGUACGCAAGAAUACUGACAUUCAAUCUCUCUUCCUAAUAGAUGGCUCCUGGUCAACCUGCUUUUUGUGAGAUAGACUCAGAUGAUGAUUCUGACACAGGCUCCGAUUACUCCGUCACACAAACCCAAUUAGCGGUAACGGAUGGUGCAUUGGAAGGAGAUGAUGAAACAAAUCCACUCGUUUCGCGGAUAGGUGGCCGAGUGGCUUGGCUACCAACUGCGUCUUUACCACCAGCAAAUGUUGCACAAUGUCAACAUUGCUCACAGGAGAUGGAAUUAUUGGUUCAAAUAUUUGCACCUUUGGAUGAUUCACCCUUUGAUCGAAUCGUUUUGGUAUGGGGAUGUGCAAGAGCACCUUGUCAAAAGAAAGGAACGGGAAGCAUCAAAGCUAUCAGGCUUCUAUCACACAAUGCUCGAUGGGCAGCCAAAUUGGAAAAGAAGCGGCUACGGGAAGAAGAGAGACAAGCCAAGAAAGAACAGCUUGCCAAAGAACAGAAAGCUCGUCAGGAAGAGGACGAUAAGCGCAAGAAGAUCAACCCAUUCUCUUCAGCGGCUGGAAAAAGUCUGAAUGGCGGCCUUGGAGGAAACCUAUUUGGUGCAGACAGUGCAACCAAUCCGUUUGGAAGUGGUGCGAAUGCAAACCCUUUUGCACCUUCUGCUCCUCAGAAUGAAGUUGCUGAGGCCAAGGAUGAAAGUGCACAAAAGGAUGAAUCUUCAGAGAGUGAAUCGGAGGAUGAAGAAGAUAAUGAGGAACAGAUGGCUGAGGAGCUUGCUAUCAAAGCAUCAAUUGAAACUUCUAAAGCUGAUUGGUCCGAUCAAGAUUGGAGUCAAAAAGCACCUGCAUAUGAACCUGCCCAAUAUCUCACCACUUUUGCUGAACCUACUUCAUCAACACGGACAGAAGCCGAACAAAAGAAGAACAAGGCACAAAUGCAAAAGCUGAAACAAGACGGAGUUCAAGACGUUCCUGGAUGGGAAGCAGAAAAGUAUGAAAGUAUGAUGGCGAAGGGAACGGAUGAGAUAUUUGAACGAUUCGUGAAGCGCGUUGCUGCUCAUGGAAAACAAAUUGUUCGAUAUGAGUUUGGAGGUGUUCCAAUACCAUUCCAUGCGAAAGGAAAGGCUUACGAAAAGAUUUGGCCAUCUAAACAAGCAGGAGGAAAGACUGUCAUUUCUGGACAAGCAUUCAAAGCUGGAUCAUCAGGGCGAGAAUAUUCUACGGCCAAUAUACCCGCUUGUCCUAAAUGUGGUUCUAAACGAGUGUGCGAGAUGCAAUUGAUGCCUAAUCUGGUAAACACAUUGCGACCAAAGAUGCUCAAAGGUGGCAAUGAUGGAGAUUACAAGGUGACUAAAGAAGAUGCCGAAGCUGAAAGACGAAGAGAGAUUGAAGAAGCUUUGGGACACAAGUUGCCUAAUCAACCAGAUGCAGAUGGUAUCACACGAGACAAGGUCGAGCAAAGUACUACAGAAGAACAGAAUGGAGAACUGACUCGCAGAACUGGAUUGAAGUGGAAUACUGCCUUCGUCUUUGUUUGCGAGAAGGACUGUCAUCAAGAAGCUGAAGGCAAGUCUAGUUGGAGUGAAGAGUUAGUGGAGCUGCAGUAUGAGAAUGAGGUUUGAAUACCACAAUUCUUUUGUAUUAUUAUUAUUAUCAUCAAUUUGUACUUUUAUUGCAUUUGUUUUGAUUUUGUAUCAC